AUGCCUUCUAAGGUCUCCUGCUUGUACCUGCUGACCGUGGUAUGCUGGGCCAGCGCUCUGUGGUACCUGAGUGUGUCCCGCCCCUCGUCCUCUUACGCGGGCCAGAUAAACCUCCCGCUGCGCAAGGCCCCCAAAACCAACAAGAACUCCACUUUCAGCAACAUCCGCGCGCGCUCGCUCAACCCCCACGACUUCGGCUACCUCAUCAACGAGGACAAGAAGUGCGAGGCGGAGCCGCCCUUCCUCGUCAUCCUGAUCAGCACCACCCACAAGGAGUUCGACGCCCGCCAGGCCAUCAGGGAGACAUGGGGCGAGGAGAGCACGUUCCCGGAGGUGCGCGUGGUCACGCUCUUCCUGCUGGGCCGGAGCACGGACGGCGUCCUCAACCAGAUGGUGGAGCAGGAGAGCCAGAUCUUUCACGACAUCGUGGUGGAGGAUUUUAUUGACUCGUACCACAACCUGACGCUCAAAACGCUGAUGGGCAUGCGCUGGGUGGCCACCUUCUGCGCCAAGGCCCAGUACGUCCUCAAGACGGACAGCGACAUCUUCGUCAACAUGGAGAACCUCAUCUACAACCUCCUGAAGCCCACCACCAAGCCCAGGAGGAGAUACUUCACGGGCUACGUCAUCAACGGUGGGCCAAUCAGGGACAUGCGCAGCAAGUGGUACAUGCCCAGGGAUCUCUACCCGGACAGCAAGUACCCCCCCUUCUGCUCCGGCACCGGCUACGUCUUCUCGGCGGAUGUGGCCGAGCUCAUAUACAAAACCUCCCUGCACACGAGGCUGCUGCACUUGGAGGACGUGUACGUCGGCGUGUGCCUCCGUAAGCUGGGCAUCCACCCCUUUCAGAACAGCGGCUUCAACCACUGGAAGAUGGCCUACAGCCUCUGCCGCUACCGCAGGGUGGUCACUGUGCACCAGAUUUCCCCGGAGGAGAUGCACCGCAUCUGGAACGACAUGACCAGCAAGAAGCACCUUAAAUGCUAG